GAUGUCAGCUCCUGAAUCUUCAAUAUCUCCGGUCCCGCCGCCCGGGUCGUCCAGUGGGGGCGGAAAGAAGCUGGAUUCCUUGCCGAAAGAAGAUUUAGUGAAGUUUGCAAAGAAACAAGUUGCUCAUGUAGCGGAGAUGAAGAAAAACCAAACAGCUCUCAUGGAAAAAUUAAAAGCAAAAAUGAGUGAACUGGAGCAAGUCAAAAAAGAUGCCGAAAAUUUGAAACUCAUUAACGAAAAGUUAACUACAGAAUCAGCAAAAAAAGUUGAGAACAAUCCGACGGAAUGUACAGAGUGCUUAUCGAAAAGUGGAGCGUUAAUAGAAUUGGAGAAAGAAGUUUUCGAAUGGAAGGAAAAAGCAACAAGAGCUGACAUGAUUUCGCUGGAAUUAAGAGAUCUCGAGUCAAAAGUUGAUCAGUUGAAUCGUGCUCUACGCGAUAAAACUGAAGCGUUGAUUAAAGCUCAAGAAGUUAUAACGGAAAAUGAUUUGGAAGUUAAUAAUAUGAAAAAAGAGAAGAAUAACACCAAAUCCUCAAUUGAAAAACUCACAGAAGAAAAUACUCGACUCACAAAAGCACUGCAAGACGAGAAAAUUAAAAGCGCUGAUUUUGAAGCACGUUUGCGAUCUGCUGAAUGUAGAAUCGUUGAGCUAUCAGAUCAACAGGGAAAUGAAAAGUUGGGUCUUGCACGGAAAAUGGCUGAAAGCGAGAAUCGAGGAAGAAUACUGGAAGAAGCUGUAGACGUGUUGAAAAGUGAAAAUGAGAAGCUCUUGGCUAAAAAUGAAGAAUUUUCGGCAAAAUUGGUUUCUUCCGAAAAGGAAUUUGCAGAGUUUAAGAAAAAAUCUCAUUUUGUGCUCGAGAAAAAAGGAAAGCAGGAAGACGAAACACGAAAAGCUAUUGAAAAACUCGAAAAAUCAAAAGUCACUAUCACAGAACUUGAACAACAAGCUGAUCAGACAAGGCAGGAGCAUUUUAAAACUGUCGAAGAUUUGGCUUCUUCACGUGACAAAGCAGAAAGACUUGAGAAAACUCUAAAAGUUCUCAAAUCAGAACUCACCGAAUCAGAAAAGGCUCACACUACGGCAAUUGACGAACUUCAGUCGAGCUCUUCGAAGUUGAUUCAAAGAUUGGACGAAGAAUUGAGAUUAAUGAGAUCAUCUCGUGAUACUGCUGAACAAAAGAUUAAAGAUAUAGAGAUCGCAAAGGAAAAAGUAGAUCAUCUUCUGCAGAAUGAGAGGCAAAGAAGUGAAAAUGAGAAUGGAAGUCUGAAAAGCAAGCUGUCAAGUGCAACAAAGCAGAUUCACAGUCUAGAAAAGGAAUUACAAGAGUUGAGAAAUGACUUUGAAACUCGUCGAAUUCAAAGCAAUCAACACCAGCAGCAGAAAGCUAUUGCAGCUGUCGUACCUCAGCCGAUUCAGCUUCCAGAACAUCCUAUUCCACCUCUUCAUUAUCAAAGACCAGCAGUUGCUCCUUCUGAUUCUGUUUCUUGUUAUGAUGAGCCAACACAGCCUGAUCGGUCACUGGAGGAUGUUUUGUAUGGAGAUCUCGGUGAUGAAUACAGAGUCGAAUCAGAUGAACUAUCGGAGGAGAAAUUCAAGGUCAUUCUAGACCAGUUAGAGAAUUUGAAGAAAACAAAUCAUCACGUCGCAGAGCUUCUCAGUGAUGCCGAGACUGCAAAUGGAAGGUUAACAACUCAGAAUUCACUGCUAAAAGAUGAAAUUCGCCGACUGGAACGAGAAGAAAAGCGAGAAGCCGAGUUGUCAAACGAGAAAAAUAUGGAAUAUUUGAAGAACGUAUUUGUACAGUUUCUCAAGCCAGAAAGUGUUCCCGCAGAACGAGACCAGCUGGUUAUCGUACUGCAGAGAGUUCUACAUUUGUCACCGAAAGAAGUCGAAAUUCUGAAAGCUGCAUCAGCACAUAUGGCAACCGCUCAGGCAGGCUCGUGGUCUUCAUACUUCUCGGGAUGGUCUGGUGCUGCCACUUGAAAUUAUCAGAUUUUCAUAACAUAUUCGAUUGUACAAUUUUAUUUUUAUUAUGUAUUGCAUGCUCAACCGGGUGCCCAUUUCUUGUUUCUUUUGUGUGUGAUAAUUAUUCUUUCAAUGUAUAGGUGAUUUAUUGUGUGACUUCACUACUUUUAAUGAACAGAGUAUGGUUUGUUUUUCG